AUGGUUGUUGACGGAUCAAAUUUCGAGCGUCGACCGUCUGUCAGCAUACAGCGUCGGCUGUCGCAGCAAUUCCGUCGAUGUGCCUGGCGGGCACCUCCGUCCGAUACUAUCUACGCAGGCGUCUCUGCCUUCUUCUCUAAGAAACAUGGCACGACUAUUGCCAUCGCGGUCCGAGAUACCACUUACCUGCUAGACUUUGUCGAGAAAGUUUAUGAACCUGGUGAGCACCAGCCAUGCGCCGAAGAAGUUGUCCAAUACAUCACCUCCAAGCUCAAGGCAUACGAGGAGAAGCACCUGGAGAAGAUCGUCGGUGUUGCGAUGCCCAAGCAUGUCAUGGACCACUGCCCUGAUCUCUGCUCCCACUUGUGGGCAAAGCUGGAUAUCAUCCCCUUAGUGUUGCCAGAAUCGAGCUUGGUAGACCCCUUCACCUCAAGCGAGCAGGCGCCGCCGCGGAAUUGGGAUUCCAAGACGGUAGACGAGCAGGCCGAGUCGAUGACACGGAAAUGCGUGAGGUUGUUUGGACCGGAGAACAUUCCCUUGCUGCAGGUGGGCUUCAAGGGCCUUGUGGAGGUCGACACAGGCUUCCACGUGCGCAUGGCAAACCUUGAAGACUUCAAGAAAACGGUCUCCGCGAGUACGUGGGACGCAUGUCAGCAUUAUGCCUCCGAUCUGAAGAACCGGAAGGUGAAGGUUGCAUUCUUCAGCGCAACUCCCCAGGGCGGAGGAGUGGCUUUGAUGAGACAUGCCCUCGUGCGGUUUUCACACUCUCUCGGCACUGACUUCAAAUGGUAUGUCCCCAAGCCACGGCCAGAAGUCUUUCGGGUGACCAAGAACAACCACAACAUCCUCCAAGGCGUCGCACCUCCAAGCGAACGUCUGACCGAGGACAACAAAAAAAUGUUGACCGCCUGGAUCGAGGAGAAUACGAAGCGAUACUGGACUCUGCCCGGAGGCCCACUGUGUUCACCUGCCGAAGGGGGCGCAGACGUGUUGAUUGUAGACGAUCCUCAAAUGCCCGGGCUGAUCCCUAUCGCCAAACAAAUAGCCCCCAACCGACCCAUCAUCUUCCGGAGCCACAUCCAAAUUCGCAGCGAUCUAGUCAACCAACCUGGUACCCCACAGGCGGAGUCAUGGGGAUUCCUAUGGAGUCACAUCAAACUGGCGGACUGUUUCAUCAGCCACCCCGUGAGUGCAUUCGUGCCAUACAAUGUGCCCCCCGAAAUCGUGGGUUAUAUGCCGGCAACAACCGAUUGGUUGGAUGGGUUGAAUAAGGACAUGCGCGACUGGGAUGUUGCCCACUAUGGCCGUAUCUUUAAUGCAGCCUGCAGAAAUGCAGAGAUGCCGAUGAUCCAAUACCCAGACGAUCAAUAUAUUGUGCAGAUCGCACGCUUUGAUCCAUCCAAGGGCAUCUUCGAUGUGCUGGACUCCUAUGAAAAAUUCCUCCGCCGCUUGGUCAGUGAACGGCCGGAAAUGAGACCCCCAAAGCUGCUGAUUUGCGGUCAUGGCUCAGUGGACGACCCAGAUGGAGCGCUUAUCUACGACCAAGUGAUAGAUCACCUCGAGCAAAACCCGUACAUCCGCCAGCAGGUCUGUGUGAUGCGGCUGAGGCCCUCAGAUCAAGUUUUGAACGCUCUUCUCUCCAAGGCCACCAUUGCACUGCAGCUGUCGACCCGCGAGGGAUUCGAGGUCAAGGUCUCGGAAGCACUUCACAAGGGCAAGCCGAUCAUUGCCACGCGUGCCGGUGGCAUUCCGCUACAGGUUGAAAACAACAAGAACGGAUUUUUGGUUGAUGUCGGCGACACCGAUGCAGUGGCGCAGCAUCUGUUUGACCUGUGGACAGACGAGGCGCUCUACCGUCGAAUGUCGAAGUACGCAAUCAGCCACGUUGCCGACGAGGUGAGCACCGUGGGGAAUGCAUUGAGCUGGCUCUAUCUUGCUUCGAAGCUUUCCAAGGGAGAGCCCGUGCGACCGCAAGAGCGUUGGAUUAACUGUAUGGCGUUUGAGGAGAGCGGCGUUUCCCCUUCUCCAGACCUGCCUCGACUGACUCGAGCCGUUCAGGUGGACAAAAUGGGAUAG